AUGACCGUAUCCUACACACAUUCACCCAGUUUCUCCGCCCACAACUCGGCUAGUCCACCACAAUCCCCGGUCACUCCUUCUUCCGCGUUCGGUCCCUCGUCUCGUGCUAGUGGGCCAUCGUCGCCGCGCGCUCCCUCGCGUGCUCUCGGUGCGGCUGUCUCGGCCUCGCCGUUUGCCGUGUCCGACUUGGUCGAAUCUUCCACCGACUCUGCAACUAUCGUCGUUCCCAACGACUGUAUGGAAGCUGGCUUUGGCCUCAGAAGAAGUCCUCUCAUCCCCAGUGAAGAGAUUUUGCACGGAUCGCGAACGUCCCAGACCGCCAGCCACAUCUCUCUCAUCGACGAUCCCGAAUCCUCCGACGCUCGCUACGAGCCUGCAUUCACAGGCGACAUCGAUCUGCACGAACGAUUCGUCUAUCGUCGUCCUUACGUCGAUCGCGCCGUUUCCCGCUCCAAGCGUCGCAGCCAGCUCAUUCUUGAGCAAAAGUACCAACAGCAGCGUCCCGGCCUCUCUUCGGCCGCGUCAACAAACGAGCAAGAGCUUGUUCUAUCAGCCCUCACAACCACUUACUCUCCUCGCGCGUCCAGGUCAAGACGUCCGGGCACCGCACCCCAUCGCGUUUCUGUCUCUCCGCUCACGCCUGAAUCCGCUUCGGGCCGCUUGAGCUCCGUUUCCAGCAGGUCCAACGUCUCCUCGCCCGGCGGAUUGCGCGAGCUCGCAACAGGCGCAGCAGCUCAACCCGCUUCCAAGCGUGCCUCCUGGAUCCGACAGACCAAUCGAUCCGAGACCCUCAGCGACUCUCAUCACUAUCUGAGCACCGCUGGCCUGCUCGAAGCUGCUGUACCCGCCUCGGCAGCCGAGAAAGCUUCGCGUCGUCACAGCAGUUUUCUCACCGGCGACUAUCGCUCUGCUUCCCCUAUGCCAAUUCUUGCCAGCAACAGCUUUGACGUUCCUUCGCAGCACAACGGCACUGCACGUAGCAAGCUCUCGCCAUCUCCACGUCUCGGUGCAUCUUCCAAUAGCCUCGGUGCCGCACCAAACAAGCGUACCUCGAUGCUGUCCACAGACUCUUCUGCGACGUCCUCUUCGAAAGAAGGUAGGACAUCGGGCGAGAAUGUCGAAUUCGAGGGCGACGACGCAAAGCACCAAGCUCACAGCUCUGCAUCCUCAGGCUGCGGUCACGAUGAUAGCCCUGCUUCCAAAUUGGCCACAACUUCACAACGCAACGGCACGGACGUCUUCACCACGCCACGUUCCAGCUCUGAACACGACAAGAGCGGCGAAUCCACUUCUGAUGCUCCCACCGAGAAGGACAAGCUGACAACGACGCAACAGGCCAGCGAGUCAUCGCACAUCCCCUUCGAGUCCCAAGCUACUCCGCUUGGCCAUGUGGAGAAGAGCACAGACGCACCUUCCACUGACACGAGUCUCGUGCCGGCUCCUGCCAUCACGCCUGCCAUGCUCAAGCAAGCGGAAGCUACUGUCGUGCCACACACUCCUCUCCAAGGACGCAACGCCGUCUCUCCAACCGUUAGUCCCUCAAAGUCGUUCCGACCGCUACCGAGCUCCGAAGAAUCUGCGCGCGGACCAUCUUCUGGACGUUCGCAGGCCUCUUCUGACGCACAAUCUGGUUCAAGUCUAGGCAGUCCCUUCGGAACGCUUACCAUCCCCAGCAACGCCAGAGCCAACGCCAAUGGCCGUCGCGGCUCCGGUACGAGCCGUCGAGACAGCACCACCUCGAUCGCCUCAGCGAACAGCUCUACCUCGACCUACCGCAUCCGCAGGAAAGCUGUCCCCUCUGACGUCGAUGCAUCCGAGCGACGCGAAAGCAUCGCAAGCGUCAACUAUUCCAGUGCGGUCGAAUCCUCGCCGCAGCUGAGUCCCGCCAAUAGCAUGGUCCCAUUGCCAUCCACCAGGGAAGAUGGCAUUCAGACGAUCCACGCUGCUCGCAGUCAGAAUGGCUCCGACUUCAUGCGCAUGGCUCGUGACGCAACUCAGGCUCAUAUGCUUGCCAAUAGGCGGUCUGGCGACCCAGCUGUCGAGACAAACGCAUCGUCUACUGGCUCGGCGACUCGUCAAUCUGAGUCAGAUAUUGGACUGCAGCCAAAGGCAAGCGCCUCCGCUCGCGAUCUGUCGUCCUCUGGGGAUUUGGGCGUUGGUGCGCCUCCGAGCACCUCGACAGGAGUAGCAGGACCCAGCGCGACUCGCACGCCGUCGCGAGCGACCAUCAAAAGGCCUACCACAGCUCCCGUCGCAUCCAGCGGCCAAUUCCGUUCGGUAAGCGGUGCACAAAAGGGGGUGCUCGAGGUUGAAGGACAGCAGUUCGUCCUGGGUAAGGACGACGCCAAGAUUUCCAAGCUCGCGCAGGAUCUUUCUCCAUCGAUUCCUAACUCUGUCCGCUUCAUGCAGCAUCAGCGCAACGGCAGCUCCAGAGUUGCCUCGGUCGGAUCUGCCAAGCGCGAAUCGAACCUAGUCGACCCGCCAAUCUCGAAUGGUAUCGUCAAAGCGGCCCGCUCCGACGACACCAGUCAGAAGGUAUCGAGCCGUCAAAAAGGCGACGCAUCAGCGACGGUAGCGCCCUCCGCAUCGGGUGGUUGGGGCCUUGAGCAGGAAAUCAAGAUUGUCGACCGACUCAGAAGCGCAAACGGCGACGUCGACAACAAGGCUCACAAACCGCGUUCUGCGUCGAUGGACAAGAGCCGGAAGACCCUCGAUUCUUCUGAUAAGGCGAAUGCGAAUAAGCCCCUCCUGAACGUCAUCGACGAGGACGAGUCGGAUGAGGUCAAGGCCGCUGCCCGCGAGGCUGGAAUUCCCGAGGGCUCUUAUGCCAUUCAUCCCCCGUCGAUGCUGCAGCUCUUUGAAUCGUCGCAGUGCCUCGUGUACAAUCAAGAGGGCGAAGAGGUGCUCUUUGGCGAUCUCUUCAAGAAGCGCCGCACUCUUGUCUGCUUCUUGCGUCAUUGGUGGUGCGGUUUCUGCCAGCAAUUUGCCAUGUCGGUGCGCAACAUCGAUCCGUUGCCGCUCAAGAGGGCCGGCUUGGACUUUAUCAUUGUCGGUCAGGGCGAUUGGCACGUCAUCAAAGCUUAUCGCGAGGUGAUGCAGGUGCAGUAUCCGAUGUUUGCUGAUCCCAAGCGCAACGUCUACCGGGCGCUUGGCAUGACGCUACGCACCAAUGAUGCCAAUCCCGUCUGCGCUCGACCGGACUACGCAAGCAUGAGCAUGACCAAGGGUAUUUUGGUUGCCAUCAAGAAGGGACUCUUCGACAUGCCCAUCCGCAACCCGGGUGACAUGAAGCUGCUCGGCGGUGACUUUAUUCUUGGACCGGGCUUGCAGUGCUCCUUCACGCAUCGCAUGACCACCGCGGAUGGACACAUGGAUAUACCCAGGAUCUUGGCGCAGGCAGGUUGCGAUCUGUCGCUCAAGACGCCCAAACCCAUGUUCACCCUCGAUGAGAAGGAGGCUCGAUCGGCCAUGUUAGCCGGUGGCAACCAGAACCGCCGCCAGGCACGUUCGAUCGGCCGAUCUCGUGGCAAGAAGUCGGGCGUCAACGAUAUUGCCACGAUGGACUCGAGCUUCGGCAGCGCCACGGAUUCUGCGGCAGCCGGCUCGAUGACUGCGGUCAACAGCAGCUCGCGCUUCGCCCGGCCUAGCUUGUGGGGCCGCUUCCCUGGUCGCUACAGCAAGUCGCAGGUCUCGCUGCCGAAGUCGGAAUCGAUGGCGGACGUGAGCAACGACUAUUCAACCGCUCGUAGUUUCGCUGCAGGACCGCGAUCGGCGUCGGCUAUGCGAAAGAUCUCGUACGAUGACCGGGUCCGCGACUCGAUCGACACGCAGCAGACCGACCUCCAGUUCGAGUCGCGCGCCACGUCGUUUGACACGCGAGGGGGUCGACCGAGCGAUGUUUCGUCUCGCGGCGGGCUCAACUCUUUGUACAAGGCGCAAUCCACGUCGGAGCUGCGCAAGAAGUUCGAGAUUGGUGGACUGGGCGCUUUCGGCAGCUUCCGAUCCAAACCUCGCAAAAGCGCUUCGGCGGCGAGGAUGUCGCUCGAAAGCCACCUUGCUGUACCUAGCGGUGACAAGAGCAGAUUGAGUCACAGCGCUUCGAACACGUCGUUGGGGAUUGCCAAUGCCAAGGAUGCUAAUGGUGCCAUCACGCCAACACAAUCAACGUUGAACGUCUCCGAGGCCACAACUGCGACUGGCGACCAAGUCAAAGCCCUGCCGAUCGCCCGCGGUAACGCUAGUGCUGCACGCUCAAAUGCUGUUGUUGCACCUGCGACCGCGGCCAUCGCCGAGCCUGCAGCGGCACGGGCAGCAACAGGAUUAGGCAUUGAUGCGGCUGGCGACCAGGCGACCGAAUCAGCCAUCCGAGCCGCCAAAGGUUCCGACGACCCUCCGACGCCGAUUGAGAAAGACUCACCAGUGGGUAAGAACCUUUCGGCCCCGGGAAGCUUCCUGAUGGAUCUGGACGUGUAUGAUUCCUUGUCGCGCCACCCCGAGACGCAGCAGGAGGAGAGCAGGCCGAACCGUGAAAACGGCAAGCUUGGCGUCAGUAUCUUCGAUGCUGGUCUGUCUCCGAGUCAAUUCAGCGACAGUGGAUUCACGCAGGAAGCCGCCGAUGCCGAAAGCGACACGGAGCCGUCCAUGUCAGCGACUCAAUCGCCUGCUCGUUCGCAGCGCACGGCUCCCUCAAGCACCAGUGCCAGCCCUGCUCCGGCAGCUGUGGGCCCGAGCACCAGCUCGAGCUUUUACAGCUUCAACACAUUCCGUGCCAAACCGCUGGAGCAUCUCGUAGAGGAGACGGACGAGGAUGCGGACGAUUCUCGAGACCAGUUGGAGAACAGCGAGGGUAGUGAAGAUGACGAGGACGAGGAGAACGACGAACCGAUCCUAUUCGAGUAA